AUGGUCACCGUCGAUAGUGUGAGUUUUUACCGGCCGUUCUGGCUCUGCAUGCGAGUGCUUGUGCCGACGUUCUUUAAGGACUCUCCUCGUCCUGUCCAGCUGUAUGUGAUGGUGCUCCAUGGUCUGGUCACCCUCUGUUUCCCCCUCCACCUGGUGCUGCAUCUCGUUGUGCAUCAUCCUUCGCCGGCGGACCUCCUGAAGAACCUGACCAUGUCCUUAACCUGCGUGGCCUGCAGCCUGAAGCAUGUCGCCCAUUUGUACCACUUGCCGGAGAUUGUGGAGAUCGAAUCGCUAAUUGGCCAGCUGGACAAGUUUAUCUCAAGUGAGGAGGAGCAUCGCUACUACCAGGAUUACGUGCACUGCAAUGCCAAACGCUUCACGCGGUGUCUCUACAUAAGUUUUGGCCUGGUUUACUUGUCCGUUUACUUGAUUUUCCUGUUCGGUGUCAUUGUUCAGAUCUUAACUGGUACCUGGGGCAUUCUAUACCCCGCGUACUUUCCCUUCAACAUUGAGGACAAUCGCGGGAUGGCUGCUGUGGCCCUGGCCUACCAGGUAGUCUGCAUCCUGGUGGAAGGCAUUCAAGGCCUGGGCAACGACACUUACACUCCUUUGACUCUGUGCCUUCUGGCUGGACAUCUGCAAUUGUGGGCCAUUCGCAUGGCUCAACUGGGAUUCUCUGAGGAGAAAAAUGACAGCAAUCAUCAUCUGUUAAGGGACUACAUUGAGCAGCACAAACUCCUGAUGAGAUUCCACCAACUUAUAUGCCAGACCAUCAGCGAGGUGCAAUUGGUGCAACUGGGGGGCUGUGGCGCCACCCUGUGCAUCAUUGUGUCCUACGUCCUGUUCUUCGUGGGCGACGCCAUCGCGCUGGUCUACUACAUGGUUUUCUUCGGAGUCGUUUGCGUCCAGCUCUUUCCCAGCUGCUACUUCGCCAGCGAAGUUACCCACGAGGUGCAGAAUCUCCCAUAUUCCAUCUUCUCCAGCAGAUGGUACGAUCAAUCGAAGGAACACCGCUUCGACCUGCUCGUCUUCACCGAAAUGACCUUGAGGAGCAGGGGGCGGGUCAUCAAGGCGGGCGGUCUCAUCGAGCUGAAUCUAAACGCCUUCUACGCCACCCUGAAAAUGGCCUACUCUCUGUUCGCCGUUGUGGUGCGGGUAAAGGGAAUAUAA